ACUGGAUGCCGGUCUGCUUACUCUUACCCGGGCAUCUCUCCGAGCAGAGGCCCGGCGUUUGGGCCGUACGUCAAGACUCCCGACAACGGCAAGAAGGGGCCAAGAGCUGGCUUGGAUGGAGAGGGGAGGAUCUGGAGCCUGAGGCUGCGGCCAAGGGUGGUCCGAGCGAGUUGGCUUGAAGCCAGUUCAACGCCGUGUGACCCCGGGGGCUUAGCAAAUAUUAUGACUCAUCUACAAGAUGCGCGGUCUUGUAAGGCCAGUAGAAAUAACAGUACACAGACAGCAUUCAAUAAACGUCACUUCUCUCACUCUCCCCUUGGAUUGGCCGAGCCCCUCCCCCAGACUCCGGGGAUGCGCGGAUCGUAGCGUAAUGACGUAAGAGCACAAGGCGACGUCUCCACCCCCAUCUCCGUUUCCUGGGAAACGUGGACUCCGCGUUCCACUCUCAGUCGCUGCCCACUUGACGUCAUGGUCCGGAUGGGAGGGCGGGGCGAGCGCUACCGCCAGGGGCGGGGCGGCGCGGGCCGGCCGGCUGGGCUGUGCACCUGCGCCUCGGCGGGCGGCCUGGGGCACAGUCCCUGGCCCGCCCGGCCCCGCCAUGGCCAGGCCACAGAGGACUCCUGCACGCAGUCCCGACAGCAUCGUCGAGGUGAAGAGCAAAUUUGACGCCGAGUUCCGACGCUUCGCGCUGCCUCGCGCUUCCGUGAGCGGCUUCCAAGAGUUCUCGCGGUUGCUGCGUGCGGUGCACCAGAUCCCGGGCCUGGACGUGCUGCUUGGUUAUACGGAUGCUCACGGCGACCUACUGCCCCUCACCAACGACGACAGCCUGCACCGGGCCCUGGCCAGUGGGCCCCCGCCGCUGCGCCUGCUAGUGCAGAAGCGGGCAGAAGCUGACUCCAGCGGCCUGGCCUUUGCCUCCAACUCGCUGCAGCGGCGCAAGAAAGGGCUCCUACUUCGGCCAGUGGCACCCCUGCGCACCCGGCCACCCCUGCUAAUCAGCCUGCCCCAAGAUUUCCGCCAGGUUUCUUCAGUCAUUGAUGUGGACCUACUGCCUGAGACCCACCGACGGGUGCGGCUACACAAGCAUGGUUCCGACCGCCCCCUGGGUUUCUACAUCCGAGAUGGCAUGAGCGUGCGUGUAGCUCCCCAGGGCCUGGAACGGGUUCCAGGCAUCUUCAUCUCGCGCCUGGUACGAGGGGGCCUGGCUGAGAGUACAGGGCUGCUGGCGGUCAGUGAUGAGAUCCUCGAGGUGAAUGGCAUUGAAGUGGCUGGGAAGACUUUGGACCAAGUGACGGACAUGAUGGUUGCCAACAGCCACAACCUCAUUGUUACUGUCAAGCCAGCCAAUCAGCGCAAUAAUGUGGUGCGUGGGGCAUCUGGGCGUCUGACAGAGCCUCCCUCUGCUGGGCCUGGGCCUGCUGAGCCCGAUAGUGACGAUGACAGCAGUGAUCUGGUCAUUGAGAACCGCCAGCCUUCCUCUUCCAAUGGGCUGUCUCAGGGGCCUCCAUGCUGGAACCUGCGCCCAGGCCGCCUAUUUCCCGGUGCCCGCAGCUCUCUGCCCUCCCUGGAUGAUCAGGAGCAGGCCAGCUCUGGCUGGGGGAGUAGCAUGCGAGGCGAUGGUAGUGGCUUCAGCCUCUGACAGGCAAGGAUGCAGCCCCUUAUCACUCCAGGGUUCUGGGACAUGGCAGGGACUUUCCCAGUGGGGGUUUUUAGCUUGCUCAUAGGGCCCUCUCAGUCUGGGGAACAUUAAAGGUUUUCUACAAAUGCAGUCA